AUGUUCUUCUCACUUACAACGCUUGCCAUUCUUCCUAGUCUGACUUAUUCCUUCACCAACCCCGAGCUUUGCUCGGGUUUGUGCAUCAUCAGUGACCCUGGACUUCUGCGUCGAGUGUCUGACGGAAAGUACUUCCGCUUCUCUACCGGUGGCGAAAUCACUUACGCCACCUCCGAUUCAUUGCAUGGUCCCUGGGAAGGUGUCGGUUCUGUUCUCCCUAGCGGAUCAAAGAUAAAUCUGGCUGGUAACACAGAUUUGCCCCCUGAUGUUCAUUACAUAUACGGAACCUACUACCUGUUCUAUGCGGUUUCUACCUUCGGCUCCCAGUCGUCCGCCAUCGGUCUCGCCAUCUCUACCACCAUGGACCUCAACAGCUGGAACGAUCACGGGUCAAUUGGUGUUGCCUCUAAUAGUGGAAAACUGUACAAUGCCAUUGAUCCUAACCUUAUCAAGGCCGACGGAACUUUUUACAUGAACUUCGGCUCUUUCUACAAUGACAUCUAUCAAGUCAAGAUGAAUUCUGCAGGCACCAAGACCGCCGGCAGCGCUGCUUACAACAUCGCCUUCAAUGUUACGAGCGACCACUCCGAGGAAGGGGCGUUCAUGUAUCAGUAUGGCAGCUAUUUCUAUCUCUUCUUCUCGUCAGGUGCAUGCUGUGGCUACGAUACCAAUCGCCCUGCUGCUGGUGAGGAGUACAAGAUUAUGGUUUGUCGCAGCACCACAGCUACUGGAGGAUUUGUCGAUAAAGAUGGCAAUGAUUGCCAGGCGAGUGGCGGCUCUCUCGUCUUGAAGAGCCAUGAUAAUAUUUAUGGACCUGGCGGUCAGGGUGUUUUCGAUGAUCCGGAAUACGGGACUAUCCUUUACUACCACUACAUCAACACUGAGGUCGGUUAUGCUGAUGGUGAUAAGCAAUUUGGUUGGAACGUCAUUAACUGGUCUGACGGGUGGCCUUCCGUGUAAGCUGCGGUCUUUGUGCGUCCUUGGAAUUUUGCCCGGGAACGAGAGGGCUAUUUGUAUAUAGUGGUGGUUGAGGUCACAGGGAAGCAAAACAAGUUCUUGGCAUAAUUGCGGUGCUUGAUAUGCUUUACACAACAACAAUCCGACGUCGAUAUCAACGUCGCACUUCCCAGAUUUACUCCAGACCUUGCGAUCGCUUUCCCUUGGUAUCUGGGAGAGUGCCUUUCAGGUCUCCCACGCACAUACGUGCACAUUUAUACACACAGAGAGAGAGACAUUCAACAUAUUAAUGCCCGGCGGUCAAGCUAAAAG